CCGUGAAAGUAGAAAAUCAUCGCUCGGACUGCCACCACUUAUAGGAGCCAACGUUAAAUGCAAUGAGUUUAUUCGGGAGACCAGCUCCAGGACCCGUGAGCUCUUUUAGGGGGUGUGACGGCGCUGAUGGCACUCCUGGCCUCCGAACGCUAGGAGGCGCUGUAAUCUCCGGGGGGGCCUCUUGGGCACUGGGAGUUCAAUGCGCAAGCGCACUCGAGGUUUUUUUUUUUUCCCCCUUUUCCUCCGUUGGCACGUGUGAAGCUUUCCGGCAAAGUUUUGGGGGAAAAUGCCCAAAUAUAAGGCGGCUCGCGGAGCUGCGGGUCAGGAAAAACAUGCUCCCCUGGCUGAGCAGAUCCUGGCUGGGGACGCGGUGCGGGCAGGAGCCCGGGAAAAGCGGCGGGGUCGUGGGACCAGAGAAGAGGAAGAGUAUGUGGGGCCCCGGCUGACUCGACGGAUUUUGCAGCAAGCACGGCAGCAGCAGGAGGAACUCGAGGCCGAGCAUGGGACUGGGGACAAGCCCGCAGCGCCACGCGAGCGCACCACGCGGCUGGGUCCAGGAGUCCCGCAGGAUGGAUCAGAUGAUGAGGACGAGGAGUGGCCCACCCUGGAGAAGGCUGCCACGAUGACAGGGGUGGGCCAUCAUGCGGAGGUGGUCGUGGACCCUGAGGAUGAGCGUGCCAUUGAGAUGUUCAUGAACAAGAACCCUCCUGCCAGGCGUACCCUGGCUGACAUCAUCAUGGAGAAGCUGACCGAGAAGCAGACGGAAGUUGAGACGGUUAUGUCAGAGGUGUCAGGCUUUCCCAUGCCGCAGCUGGACCCCCGGGUUCUGGAGGUCUACAGGGGGGUCCGGGAGGUGUUGUCCAAGUACCGCAGUGGGAAGCUGCCCAAGGCCUUCAAGAUCAUCCCUGCGCUCUCCAACUGGGAGCAGAUCCUCUACGUCACGGAGCCCGAGGCCUGGACUGCAGCCGCCAUGUACCAAGCCACGAGGAUUUUCGCCUCUAACCUCAAGGAACGCAUGGCUCAGCGCUUCUACAACCUUGUCCUGCUCCCCCGGGUACGAGACGACAUCGCUGAGUACAAACGACUCAACUUCCACCUCUACAUGGCACUCAAGAAGGCCCUGUUCAAGCCUGGAGCCUGGUUUAAAGGGAUCCUGAUCCCACUGUGCGAGUCUGGCAGCUGUACCCUGCGGGAAGCCAUCAUUGUGGGUAGCAUCAUCACCAAAUGCUCCAUCCCUGUGUUGCACUCCAGCGCGGCCAUGCUGAAAAUUGCCGAGAUGGAAUACAGCGGUGCUAACAGCAUCUUCCUGCGACUGUUGCUGGAUAAGAAGUAUGCGCUGCCCUACCGCGUGCUGGACGCCCUGGUCUUCCACUUCCUGGGCUUCCGGACGGAGAGGCGCCAACUGCCUGUGCUCUGGCACCAGUGCCUCCUGACUUUGGUCCAGCGCUACAAGGCAGACCUGGCCGCAGACCAGAAAGAGGCCCUCUUGGAACUGCUGCGGCUGCAGCCCCAUCCACAGCUGGCCCCCGAGAUCAGGCGUGAGCUUCAGAGCGCUGUCCCCCGAGAUGUGGAAGACGUGCCUGUCGCCAUGGAGUGAGAAGAGUGAUUUGCCCUGGUCUGAGGGGCAUGAGGGGACCCCAGGACUCCCUGUUGGUGACACGGGGCUUUUACAGCGGAAGUCGGGACAGAUCGGGACGGUGAGAGAGGUCACAGGCAUCUGUGACUCCCGAUACCUGACAGGGAGGACUGGAGGAUCUGGCUGGCUCCCUCUUCCAUUCCACGUCUUCGUCCCUAUUCCGUUCUGAGACCUGACCUGAGGUGCCCCACGCCAGUGUUCCCACUCCCUGGCUGGGGCUUGGAAUAGGUUCUUUCUCUCAGGCUGUUGUGUUCACGUCACUGCGAUGUGGAAAAAAAACCAAAGGCAGGUAUUUAUUGAACUUCUGUGUUUUGAUGUGA